AUUGUAGAGACUGCACAGCUAACCGACAUCCUUUCCCCUGCUCUGUGCUCCCGUGCAACGAAAUUCAGCGGCACAGCUGGGAGCUAGCUCGCUCGCCGAAAGCUAGGGCAGUGCUCGUAGCAGUGUACGUGUGCCAGUGCAGUGGGGUGCGAUACGCGCAACAAGGGAUACCCAGUGACAUUAAUUUAGCUUCUGUCAUCGGAAAUCGAUGGCUUCUAACAGCUCGCGAAAACUUCAGAAUCAGAACCCACAUUUGCCUCAGAUGGUGCUUUAAGAAGGGAGAUAAUCAUUCUGUGAGAAUAUUUCCCUUCAUUUGGUUGCCUAUUUGUGAGUUUUUAAGACAGGGAUCGCCUGCAAAAUGGUGGUUUUUAACGGGACUUUCCGUCUGAAGAUCUGCGAGGCGGUGGAUCUAAAACCUACCGACUUCGCAACGCGUUUCGCUAGCAGCAGUAGCAAGGAUGCUGCGAAGGCGGCCGCCGUUGCCAUUGAUCCUUUCAUUGAAGUCAGUGUUGAUGACGUACAUGUUGGAAAGACAACCAUCAAACAAAAAUCAUUCUCUCCCACUUGGAAUGAAGAAUUUGAAACCAAAAUCCAGAAUGGAGAGAACCUGAUAUUCACUGUUUAUAAUAACUCCAUGAUCAAGUCGGAAUUCGUUGCAAACUGCACAGUUGCAAUCGAAGACCUGCUUCAAAAUGCUACCGGUCCCAGCAAUCUACUCAACUCGGACAUCUGGAUUGACCUGGAACCUGCUGGGAAGGUACACGUCAUCAUUGAACUCCAGGGAUCUUCAGAGGCAGAGCCACCGAAGGAGAAAGUAUUUCGAGUGCGUGAAAAUGCAGUGCACAAAAGACGAGGAGCUGUCAGAAGACGAGUCCACCAGGUCAACGGUCACAAAUUCAUGUCCACCUUUCUGCGCCAACCCACAUUCUGUUCUCAUUGUCAAGACUUCAUCUGGGGUCUGUAUCGCCAAGGUUACCAAUGCCAAGUCUGUACAGUUGUUGUCCACAAAAGAUGUCAUGAGCAGAUCAUCACUCGCUGUCCAGGACAUAAAGAUGAAGGAGUCAACGAUCAGGUCGGAUCACAGAGAUUCAACAUUAACAUCCCCCAUCGCUUUUCCCUCCACAAUUUCCGAAGACCAACAUUCUGCGAUCAUUGUGGGUCCCUACUCUAUGGUCUCUUCAAACAAGGCGUGCAAUGUGAAGUGUGUAAAAUGAACGUCCAUAAAAGAUGUAGUAGAAAUGUUGCCAACAACUGCGGUGUGAAUAACAAAGAAAUGGCAGACAUUCUUAGAGAGAUGGGUGUAACAGGAGACAAGCUUUCAAUAAAGAGGAAAAAGUCUUCUUUCGAAAUUCGCAAGCACCACCCUCCCCUCAACAACUCUAGAUCUCUGUCGCUCUCGUCGGCGCCCCUCUUGCAGGAGCUGGAAGGUACCUCCAAUCGGCAUUCGGCAUUUGCAUGUCACCAACCCUAUAGCAUGCACCACUACCAGAGUACCAGUAAGAUUGAAGAGAUGUCUGAGUGUGCCGACAAGCUCACGCUAGGAGACUCUAAGGGCCAUGGAGGUUCAGGCAUGAGAACACAGUCACUACAGGAGGAGCUCGAGAGAAAACCAAGCAAACGCUACAACCUGGAUAACUUUACGUUCCUCAAAGUCCUUGGCAAAGGAAGUUUUGGCAAGGUCAUGCUGGCAGAGCGCAAGGGAACUGAUGAGGUGUAUGCCAUCAAGGUUCUCAAGAAGCAUGCCAUUAUCCAAGAUGAUGAUGUGGAGUGCACCAUGACAGAGAAAAGAGUCCUGGUGCUGGCCAAUCGUCAUCCUUUCCUCACAUCGCUACAUUCCUGCUUCCAGACCAAGGACCGAUUAUUUUUUGUUAUGGAGUACGUCAAUGGAGGGGAUCUAAUGUUCCAGAUCCAGAGAGCCCGCAAGUUUAACGAGCCACGUGCCAGAUUCUAUGCUGCCGAAGUCACGUUAGCGCUAAUGUUUCUACAUCGGCAUGGGGUAAUAUACAGGGAUCUCAAGUUAGACAACAUUCUACUAGAUAUGGACGGCCACUGUAAGCUGGCUGAUUUUGGUAUGUGUAAGGAGGGUAUCCUAGAUGGCCGUACCACUGCAACAUUCUGUGGAACUCCAGACUACAUUGCUCCUGAGAUUCUACAAGAGCUAGACUACGGUCCAUCGGUAGACUGGUGGGCUCUUGGAGUGCUCAUGUAUGAGAUGAUGGCUGGUCAACCACCGUUUGAAGCAGAUAACGAAGAUGAUCUGUUUGAUUCCAUCCUCCAUGAUGAUGUCCUCUAUCCUGUGUGGCUCAGCAAAGAAGCAACGUCCAUCCUCAAAGCUUUCAUGACAAAGAACCCAAGCAAGCGUCUAGGCUGCAUGGAGGCGCAGGGCGGAGAGAGAGCUAUAUUAUCACACUCCUUCUUCAGAGAGAUCCAUUGGCAAGAGCUAGAAGAGCUCAAAGUAGAGCCUCCAUUCAAACCUAAGAUUAAAACUAAGAAAGACUGGAACAACUUCGACACAGACUUCACCCGGGAGGAACCCAAGCUGACGCCCAUCACCACCAAGAUCGUAGAGUCCAUCAACCAGAACGAGUUCAGUGGCUUCACUUACACCCGGCCAACGGAGGAGGAGACCCAGGCCACCACCACAGACAUCGACUAAGAGGCAAGCAGGAGGAGGAGGAGCUACCUUUUCUACCAGUGGGAUUAUAUGCAAUAGACUUGAGGAGGAGGAGGUGGAAAUGGAUGAAGACUUGGGAUGUCUUGGUCUAAGGAAGCUGGCACCUUGUAAAUGCAAUGCAAAUGAUUUGUGGGUUGCCAUGAGAAACUUGAAGUCUACACCAACUCUGUAAGGUGGUGCAAUGAAUGAAAACAGUGAAGACUUGCUUGUGUGGAUGUUUUGGAGCAGAGCGAUGAGCACGCGGGCUAAUUUAGUGUUCAUCAAGCGCUACGAUUGGAACCAAGAGAGGGAUAUCGACAAUCCUCACCGAAGCAAGUGUUUUUAAAAGUGUAUGAAAAAAAAAUGUUCAAACUUUCAUCGAGCAGGAAAUGUGUGUGCUGCUAUGAGAUGACUUUUCGAUGGAAGCCUGGCAGCCUUGAAUUAGCUGCAGAUUGGUAUCUUGAUGGGGUCGACCUUUGACCCCAGGUCCAUCUCCGUGUCGCUUCAGUCGUGCUUCGAGUAUUGGUAAUGAUAUUCCAAUGAUAGGCCAUGUAUGAUAUGUGAUGUGAAAUUAAUACAAAUGAUGCGUCUUUCUAAAAGAAGAAGAAAAUUGGUAAUUUUGUCAACUUUAUCCAUGUCAAA